AUGUAUGCUAGUUUCGAAGAGUAUGAAACCGCAACUGCUGGGCCUCAUCCAUAUGUUGUUGAAAACAUUGGUGUUUCAAUUUACAACGGUGAAGGCUGUGGGACAGGUGGUCUGAGUGAUGUGAGGCCAGUGGUGGAAGAAAGAGAGUGGAACGUUAAAUCUCUUCUUCCUGGGAAGAAUGUGGAUCUCUGUCCUGUUAGCCUUCCUUUACUGGAUCGAUGGCAACGUAAAGAAGAAAGUGUUUGGAAUGAAUUUUUCCAACUUGAAAAAGGGUUGCGUGGCGUGGCGGAGGAAGCAAGUUUGUUUCUUCCUGAAAUAGGUCAGUUGUCAACAUUCGAGGAGUUGAUGAUAUCUUCUGAGGCGAUUGUCGAACUGGAAGAAGCUCUGUACCCUUUGGCAAUUCGGUUAAAUGAACUAUGUGGAUGUCGUCUUCAUUUUUGCUCAGAUGAACCCUUUCUUUCUAGGGAAACGAUCAAUAGGACUUCUGGGCGUAUUCCCAACAUCAUGGCUUACCGUGUCGUUGUUGCCGCUGCUGACUCAAUUGCUAAAAUGUACGGUGGGGCCUCGCAUUCUAAAAUGGAGCUGCCCUGUACGGAAGGUGCCUUGAAGCGGGCCGAUGAGGUUGCAAGGCUCCUUGAUAGCAUGGAAGUGGCUGUUGAUACGCUGGAAUCACAAGUGUCUGCAUUGUGUGCAGAAUCAGAGUCCAGGCUGAAUUCGGUAAAGGGUGGUUUGGAUAGUCUCUCAUGA